AUGUCUUUAGAAGCCAUUCGUUUUGCCAGAUCAGACCCUACUAAUGUUCAGGUCUCUGUGCUAGAUCAAUUACUAUUACCAUACCUGACUAAAUAUUUGCCAAUAUACACUAUAUCUGAUGGUUACGCUGUUAUAAAAUCUAUGCAGGUCAGAGGUGCUCCUGCUAUUGCCAUUGUUGGUUCUUUGUCUAUUUUAAUGGAAUCUCAAAUGAUGUUAUCUAAUUCAUUUGAUCAAACUCAAUGGUUUUACGAUUUAUUAGACUGGGAAGAUACUAGAUCUAAAUUAACUGGAAGGUUGGACUACUUAUUGAGCUCUAGGCCAACUGCUGUGAAUCUAUCUAAUGCAUUAAAAGAGAUUGCUCAAAUUUUAAAAGAAACCAAUGAUUUGAAGCAAUUUAACAGUGAAUUGUACAACUACGUUUGUAAAUUGAUUGAUGAAGAUUUAUCAAACAAUAUCAAGAUGGGUGAUAAUGGUGCUAAAUUUUUAUUAGAAUCAUUAUCCAAAGAAGGGUUUAACGAAGAAUUUGCAGUUUUGACCAUUUGUAACACUGGUUCCUUAGCCACCUCAGGUUAUGGUACUGCCUUAGGUGUUAUUCGUUCUUUAUGGAAUGAUUCAAAAAGCAAGGAUCCAAAGGUAAAUACUGACGGCUCUUUGAAACCUUUAGCUUCCGCUGAUUCUAAAAUGAAACAUGUUUUCCCAUUGGAAACCAGACCUUAUAAUCAAGGAUCCCGUUUAACUGCAUAUGAACUAGUCCACGAUGAAAUUCCAGCCACCUUGAUCACUGAUAGUUCUGUUACAUACAGGAUCAAAACGAGCCCUUAUCCAAUCAAAGCUGCCUUUGUUGGUGCUGAUAGAAUUGUACGUAAUGGUGAUACUGCAAACAAGAUCGGUACUUUCCAAUUGGCUAUUAUUUGCAAACAGUUUGGUAUUAAGUUCUUUGUUGUAGCCCCAAAGACAACCAUUGAUAAUGUGACACCAAAUGGUGAUGGUAUAGUUGUUGAAGAACGUAAACCAAAUGAGAUGAAAUUAGUGACUGGUACUCUAAUGAACUACGAUGAAGAAACGCCAGCUUUGAAUGUAUCAAACGAACCUGUAAGCGCUAAAAUUGGUAUUGCUCCAUCUCAAAUAAAUGUUUGGAAUCCAGCCUUCGAUAUUACUCCACAUGAGUUCAUCGAUGGGAUUGUCACUGAAGAAGGGGUAUUUACUAAGGAUGAAUCCGGUAAAUUUGACUUAACUUCUUUGUUUUAG